GUCUCGUCUCUAAAACCCUUAUAAGCAGCUGCUAUCUACGGAACCCUACAAAACAGCCGAAAACCAGUUCUUACUCUGUCUUCAAGACAGCUCAGUGUUUCAAAUGGGUAAAUCUACCAAGAAAUCAGCCACCAAAGUUGAUGCAGCUGCAGAUGUAGUACCACCGACAAAAACCAUGAAGAAAGGAAAGAGGGAGGCUGAAGAGUCGAUAGGGAAGCAAACGAGUGCGAAGAAGCAGAAGAAAGAUUUAGCGGUAGUGCAGGAUAUUGAGAAGCGAAAGAGCGAGGCGAAGUGUCUUAACAAUAGGCAAAAGAAAGAGGUUAAGAUACCAGCUAAGAAGACUUCGGCAAAGCCACCCCUAGAAGAAUGUAGUAUUGAGGAAUCAUCUUCUGAUGAAGAGCCUGCUGUUAAAGCUGUGGUGAUUCCUAAGAAACAGCCAGUGGCUGCUUCUAAAAAUGACACUGUUAAGAAGGGCAAGUUAGAUUCAGAUUCAGAUUCAGAUGAGAGCGACUUUGAGGAGGAAGAAGCACCAAAUAUCAAGGUAACACUUCCUUCAAACAAGGCACCAGUAACUGCGGCUAAGAAUGGCUCUGUAGCAGUCUCCAAGAAGAAAGAUGAGUCAAGUGAUUCCGAGUCAGAAGAUGAAAGCAGUUCAGAUGAUGAUAAAAAAACAACACUACCUACCCCAGGGAAGAAAUUUUCAAAAACUUCAGCUAGAAAUGGCUCUGAUGCUGGUCUGAAGAAAAAGGAGGAAACAAGUGAGAGUUCCAAUGAAGACAGUACGUCUGACGAGGAAGAUCAAAAACCUGCAAAGCUAAUUCCCCAAGCCAAAAAAUUGCCAACUUCCAUUCCGAAAAAUGUUCCCGGGGUCACCCACCAAAAGGAAACUAGUGAUAGCUCUGACGAGAGUGACACUGAUGAAGAUGAGAAGGCAGACAGCGGCGAUGACAGUACUGAGGAUAGUGACAAUGAAGAGCCUCAAAAGAAAAAGAUAAAAGUCCUGCCUUCUGGUACACACAACACUGCAAAACAAAGUGCGAAUCCUACACAAAAUGAGAGCAGUAGCGAUGAGGAAAGUUCUGAUGAAGAGCCUUCAAAAAUGCAGUUGGUGAAAAAGCCUACACAACUUUCAAAGAAAAGCAGUAGUUCUGUGGAAGAGACUUCUGAAGAAGACGAAGAUGACACUUCAGAGGAAGAAGAGGAACAACCUUCCAAGACACCUAAGAAAAAGGAUUUCGGCGUAGAAGUGGUAGGGGCCAAGCAAAUGGGUUCCUUAUCUUCAAAGAAAGCUUCUCAGACCCCUAGUACUCCUCAAGUUGAAGCAUCAGGUUCCAAAACUCUGUUUGUUGGGAAUCUCUCCUUCUCUGUGGAACGAGCUGAUUUGGAGAAUUUCUUUAAAGAAGCUGGAGAAGUUGUUGAUAUUCGUUUCGCAAUGAAUCCAGAUGGUGCGUUUAAGGGCUUUGGUCAUGUUGAGUUUGCUACAAUAAAAGCAGCGCAAAAGGCUCACGAAUUCAAUGGUCAAGAUUUGUUGGGUCGUACUGUGAGACUUGAUUUUGCCAGGGAAAGGGGUUCCUACACUCCACAUAGCGGAGAGAGUAACUCCUACCAAAAGGGAGGGGGAGCUCAGGGGCAAACAGUCUUUGUCCGAGGCUUUGACAAAACUGACGGUGAGGACAAGAUUAGGGGUGCUCUAGAAGAGUAUUUUGGGUCUUGUGGAGAGAUAUCAAGGGUGUCCAUUCCAAAAGAUUAUGAUGGUGGUGUUAAAGGGAUAGCUUAUAUUGAUUUUAAGGAUAGCAAUGGUUUCAAGAAAGCUCUACAACUCAAUGAAUCUGAAUUUGGAGAUAACUACUUGAUGGUGGAAGAGGCAAAGCCGAGACGUGAUAAUCGUGACAGUGCUGGUAGUGGCAGAGGUGGUGGUGGGAGGAGUGGUGGUAGAGAUGGUGAUGGUAGGUUUGGUGGUAGACGUGGAGGUGGCCGCGGUGGUGGUGACCGUUUUGGAGGUGGUGGCCGUUUUGGAGGUGGUGGCAGAGGUCGUGGAACACACAGCAAACCUAGCUUAGCUACUGCUGGGACAGUUUGGUGAUUCCUCUAUUGAGAAGAGUUGUGUUCCUACCUCAUGUGAGGCUUCAAUCAAGGGUUUAUGCAAAAUGACUUAAAUUAACAGGCCUAGUGCGCACUGCUUUAGCUAAUGAUAUAUGCUUCAACAUUUUUAUUGUCCGCCUCUUCAAUGUCUUUUCUUCUUUUUUUUUUUUUAAUUUGCCACCUUUUAAUGAGGCUAGUUAUUUUUCAUGUUUUCAUUUUUUCACACAAUAGUUUGUCCUAAAUUAUUAAUUUGAGCUUUUAACUCAAUUUUCGUCUUCCUAUUAGAAUAGUCAAGUAGGCAGAUUUUACCACCAUGACACCUGGUGCUGUAGGCUUUGGUGUCAAACAUGAGACAGCAUUGAUUAGCUCUUUCGUUACACUUUACAUAAUUUCUCCAAUGAUUUUAUUUGUGUUCUGACUGCAGGGAAGAAGACAACAUUUGGUGAUGAAUAGGAACGGCAAGAGUGGGC